UCUAGUGCAAACAAGUAUCCUGGCCGGACCAAACAUCUUAGCACAUCACAAGUAUAUAACUUCAGUUUGCGGUGUCAUUACCGUUGCACAACAUCUUCUACCAUGGAUCCUCCCUCUCAGCCGGGCGAUGGUAGCUCGUCUAGCGAUCCCUCGCCCACUGACACCCGUCGGCCCUCACGGUACGAGUCUAUUACUGGCGCAGACGACAGCCUCUCCGAGAGUUUCCAGUCGACAGAAACCGUGCGGAGGAGACCGGAGCAGAACUAUGGGUCCAUCAAUAGUCCCACCACAGCAGGCAGCAUCCACGCCGACGGAGGAAGCCAAACUGGUACCUCUGACCGUGGCGUUCCACGAACAACCCCUGUGGUACCUGUACGGUCGCCGCUGCUAGGCCCUGACCGAGGUCGCCCGCGCCCGCGAAAGCCGCCUAUGUCGCGCCGCACAUCCUCCAACACACAAGCUCCUCACCGAGGGGAGUACUUCUCUGUGGAUGAUGGCAUCGCCGAGGUCGAGGCCGAGACAUUCGGACGGCAUCACAGCUAUAUUUCAACCGUAAGAAGACGAACUCUCGCACCGCCAACACUAUCACGAGUACACUCGGCUCGUGACGACGAGGAGAUAGAGGAGCAGCCCGAGGACGAGGUUGAGGAGGCGGCCGAACCAUCUUUUAUAGAAGAAGCCGAGGAUGACAUAGUUGCCGAGGAGGGGCCCGUGGGAGAAACGCCUGAUGACGAUGAUGAUAUCAGUGACGCCGAGAGCUUCACCCUCAAGGAUCGUCAGCAGGCCAUUAACGAGACGCAUCCGUUCGGAAUCAGACUGUGGAAGCCAGCUCUCUACAAGAAAGACCGAUCGGUCCAGAAGACCGCCGAAGGUGACAUUCACUCGUCGCCCGGUGGCCGUGUCAGUCGCUGGCUACUCCUCUUCAACCUUCUUUGGACGCUAGGUUUUGGCUGGUGGAUGGCACUCAUUGCCUUUGUCGGUGCCGUUAUCUGCUUCCUCUUCGCUGCCGCACCGAGCGGGCGAGAGUAUGGGCGCGUCUUGUGGGGGUUGGCUGGAUAUCUCUUUUACCCGUUCGGAAAAUUCGUUCGCUUGGAGCAGCAGGAGGCCUAUUUGGACGAGGACCAAGGCGAGGGAAGGAGCAUUAGCGAGUACGAGCAGUGGCAGAGCGGCGAUUUGGAGUAUGGCAGACUCUUUUUCGGACCGGACACGGGCCGGUCAAUCGUUGGUCGGUCUCGAAGAAGCCUCGACUCGGAGCCCGAUGAGACGGAGAGCCUUCUCGGCCGAGGCCGUGGGGGAGUCUCGGACCCCGAUCUCCCGCGGAUGAAGCGACGGCUGUUUGGCCGCGGCCAGUGGAAUAUCGGCCGUGUUGUCUUCUUCGUCUUCUUUUAUUUCCUGAUCAUGCCUUCGCUGUUCAUCACGUCGAUCCUCUGCUACUUUUUAGUAUUCUGGAUUCCUAUGGGGAAGGUCACAAUGCUUUUACUCGACCAUCUUAGACGUCAUCCUCUGGCCUUGUCUUUCGAUUCCGACAUUGCCUCUGCUCGCCACCCUGCGGCACCGCAAUCUUCCAUCCUGGUCUGCACCUAUCGCGCUGUUGGGCUCAAGUACUGGAAGUAUACAAUCGAUGGAACCAAUGUCUUCCUGAUUAACCUCAUGGCCAUCGUCGUCUUCGUCAUCUUUGACUGGGUUGUACUGGAAGGCAUUCUUCACGUGGAGAACUUUUUGACGUCGCCCGCGUUUCUCUUCGUCGGCGGACUGGCAUCCAUCAUCCCUUUGGCAUACUUCAUCGGCCAAGCUGUCGCUUCCAUCUCGGCACAAUCCUCAAUGGGCCUUGGCGCCGCUAUCAACGCCUUCUUUUCCACCCUUGUCGAGGUCUUCCUCUACUGCGUCGCCCUCAAACAGGGCAAGGGCCAGCUGGUUGAAGGCAGCAUUGUUGGCAGCAUAUUUGCGGGCAUCCUCUUCCUCCCCGGCAUCUCCAUGUGCUGCGGAGCCAUCAAGCGCAAGACCCAGCGCUUCAACUCCAAGUCGGCCGGCGUGACAUCGACUAUGCUCCUCUUUGCCGUCAUUGGUGCUUUCGGCCCGACGCUCUUCUAUCAAAUAUACGGCACCCACGAGCUCACUUGCCAGGACUGUAUCGGGUUCGACCGCCCUACCCGCGGGGGGCAAUCGCGCGACUGCCGCCGAUGCUAUUUCUCACAAACACCAACCCUCAAUGACCGCUUUUAUAUCGAAGCUGUGCGUCCUUAUUGCUAUAUGGCGGCCGGCAUGCUUUUUCUGUCGUACAUUAUUGGUCUCUGGUUCACGCUUCGCACACACGCCGCCGUCAUAUGGAACACCGAUGCCGACGAGAAGAAGCACGAGGACGGUAUGACGCCUCACAUUCCCGCGCGAGCUUCAGCACAUGCUUCAUUGGGCGACACCACUAGCGUUGACAUUCGAGAUUCGCAUCUUUACAAGCGGAUUUUAGGCCAGUCUCUUCGCCAGGUCGGCCAUAACCCCAGACCCGAAGAACAGACGAGACAUAACUCGUCCAUUCCGGUAGGCCCAGCCAAUGGUUCGCUUCAUAUCACGCCCCCGAAGCCAACGGGUUACGGCGCCGACAAUAUUGGCACUGGCAUCAAUAUUCCGGGCUUCAGUGAUGCAGAAAAUGAUAACCUUGUUCACCAAGUUGCGGAGAUAGCUGCAACGGCUGCAACGGUCGCCGCCCGAAACGUCCAGGGGCCAAGGCGGACCUCGGCGCAUGGAAUUUCAGUCUCGACUCCGGCUCAGCCCUCUGCGUCGGGCAGCCGUAGCGCUCCGAUCCGCAGUGCUACAUUUUUGGAUCAUGAAGACGCCGGCGAGUUUGUUGGGGCUUCCGGAGGCGGACAUGGAGGCCACGACGCACCAAACUGGAGCCGUCUGAAGAGUUCCAUCAUCUUGAUGGGUGCUACGGUGCUUUAUGCCGCCGUUGCCGAGAUCCUGGUAGACACGGUGGACGUUGUCCUCGAAAGCUUCGAGAUUGACGAAAAGUUCCUGGGCAUCACGCUGUUCGCGCUCGUGCCCAAUACGACGGAGUUUUUGAACGCCAUUUCGUUUGCCAUGAAUGGCAAUAUUGCCCUCUCGAUGGAAAUCGGUUCAGCCUACGCUCUCCAAGUCUGCCUGUUGCAGAUUCCAGCCCUGGUCCUCUUUUCGGCCAUCUACCCUCUCGACAUACCUGUCGAAGACCUUGCGCGAUACACCUUCACACUCCUCUUCCCCCAGUGGGAUAUGGUGACGGUGAUCCUGUGCGUUUUCCUGUUGAGCUACAUGUACGGCGAGGGCAAGAGCAACUACUUCAAGGGCAGCAUUCUGCUGCUCAGCUACAUGGUCGUCGUAAUCGGCUAUUACUUCAGCAGCUUCGGCACUAUUCUUGACGGCCCGGAGAGUGGUAUUAGCCGGUUUGACACCCUCAGCAGUGGAGGGGAGUGGAUAAGUUCCGGACCGAAGCCUGUUAUACCGAGCAUGGCUUGAGCAUGGCUUGAGCACGUAAAGUAUGGUGUUCACGAGACAGUGCCACAUCCGCCUCGGGUUGACUGCGUUAUUCCCUUGUCCAUUUGGUCAUGGGAAGAAAGGACACGGACCG